GGGCGGGGCGGGCUGGGUGACAGCCAGUGGGCGGCAACGACAGAAGAGCGGGAGGAUGAUGCACGGCGGAUCCUGAGGAUUGCACUGGAGCCAGGUUUGCCAUAAACAGCAGACGACCUACGUUUUGUGACGCAUUCCAGUUAAUGGGACCUCUGUAGGUUUUGACUGUUAAAUCCACUCAUCAUGAACCAGACUUUGGAUGGACAGGAAGGAAAUGAAUCUUGUGAAGAAAUAAAUCCGUUAAAUGAAGGAUGUUUAUUUGAUUGGGACUCUGACUUUGAAAUUCCUGAGACCCCCAGCCCCACGUUUUCCAAGCAAAACAGUCAGCCUUACCAAGCAGCAGCUGCAGUCCAGGAUAGGAGCAUUGCUUAUGAUGGGAGAAAACCCAGAUCUGCUAUUAAGAGUGCAACCCAUUCAUCCAAGAAGUGCCUUGUUAUGAAUACUGCAAUUCUGACGCCUCGGUGUUCUAAGCAGUUAUUUGUGGAGGAAACACCACCUUCUUGUCUGCGACAGAAAACUCCAGUGCAUUUAAAACAAAAACAAAAUUUGUCUUCCCCACGUUCAGUAUCCGGUACCAAGUCGACAAGCUUGAACACAGCUUCUAAAUCCACGAAAAUAGACCCUGCUUAUAAAGAACUUUUGAACGAACUAAGAAAGAAAUAUCCUGCUAGAAAGCCAACACCAUCACCCAAGCCCAGAGUUUCCACGAUCUUUCCUGUUCAAGGAAACCGCAUUAACAAAAAUUGCCGUUUGUCCUUAACCGUUCCUAGUUCUUCACAGUCGCCAGCAAUGAAAAGGGCCAGGUCAACAAGUUCUGCAAGUUUGACGACUGCCAGCAACUCAAAGUCACAGAGUCCUGCAGCACAUGGGAUCAACAAUACACAUUCGAAGGAAAAUGAGUGUCUGCAUUCAGUGAGAACUUCCUUUGGAUUUCUAUCACCCCUACACUCUUCAGUGUCUGCUUCAUUGAGGCUAACAGAAACAUCAAGUUCAGCUACAUUAACGCACGGUAUAAGUGACUGGAUUGAUCUCGUGGAGGAGAGCAGUGAAAUAGUGGCAUCGUCUGAUCGGUGGGAAUGGAACAGUCCAAUAGUAAUAGAUGAUGACCCGACUGAUAACUAUGUCCGUGUUGCACAAUUAGAAGAGGAUGAAGCUCUGGCCAGACGCCUACAGGCUCAAUAUGAUUUGGAAGUUCAGUCCCCGGAAUGUAGAAGUCCUUUCCAUGCAAUGAGGGAGAAUGCUUUCCCUGAGUUUUGUGGGUUGCCUGGUUGUGGAGAGUAUGAUAGUGAUUUAUGGGCUACUGCAGAUAUUGGGUACUGUGGAAGGCCUGGAUGCAGGGAGUACCAACGGCACAGGAAUGACAUGCUACCUUCCAAUGUAAUGAAUCCUGUUUUGCAAGACUUGGAAAGAUUUUUUGAUGACCCAAAUGGUAGAAGUAGAGCCAGGAGGCACAGCCGAAACCACACUGCCCCCUUUUACUUGCAUGGAGAUGCAAUUGAUGGCAAUGACUACGAGGCCUUGCUGGAUUUUGAAGAAAGACAGGGUUCAGCUGUUGCGCAGGGCAAACUCAGCAAUAGUGACAUUAACCGGCUACCGAUCAAGACUUUUGACCCAGAACACGCUGCAGGAAAGACGCAGUGUCACAUUUGCUUCAAUGACUAUUCUUCAGGAGAAAAGCUACGAAUGUUGCCCUGCCUUCAUGACUAUCAUUGUCAGUGCAUUGAUCGCUGGUUAAAGGAUCAUUCAAAUUGCCCGAUCUGCAGAGUGGAUAUAAAUCUGGAGUCUGCAUGAUAAUGGCAAGACAGCAAUCAAAAGUCAUCGUGCAAUAAUUUGCCUCUAGUGGUGCAUUCAGCCAUGGAGGGAAAUGCUAACAUCGACUCUCAGGACUUUCAACAUUUCUACAUAGUUUUAAUCUCUACUUUCCAAAGCAAAGACCAAGAGAAAAUAAUUAAUAGCUACCUUAGGUUUUAUUUUUAUGAAAAGAAAUGCCUUUUUACACUGCCUACAUUAAACUUUUCUCAGUCUUGAAAGUUACAGUUCUAAUUCUUGUGAUUUAUUUAAAUCUUCUUGUGGAUGACUGAAAUGCAGGUGCAUCACUGUAAGCUGUGUGGAAAACUCAGUGCUGGAUGCUUUGAAAUGGCUUGCUUCAACACUAGAAGAUGAGGUUGUCUGAAUAAACCCAUUAUUUGAAUUCUGUACCAAAUUGUAAUGAGAAUUUUCUUUGAAGGGAGGGAAGAAUUUCUCGUGUAUAUAAAUAGUAUUUAAUUUCUAUGAUUUGUUUUACUGAUGAUGUUUAAGUGUCCAUCUGUGAGGAAGAAUCGAGUUGUCAUGGGCUAUUUCUGUAUAACAGAUGCCAUUAUUUAAUCUAAGGCAAACACCUAUGAAGAAGAAACUAACUUUAAAAAGUGACUCCUCAACCAUCUUAUUACUUUGUAUUAUUUUUAAAUGUACCCCAGUCCACUGAAUCAAUAAAGAUGUAUAUGUUUGUCUUAUCACUGUUUGAAUCUAAUGUACAGGUGGGAAUGAUCUUGGGCAUAAUGUACUGGACAUGGUUUGUUAAUUUUCCAUUAAAGUAUCGUGUCUUAAAA